AGAGAUAGAGGAAGGUCGUUGGCUUUAAGCCAGAGAGUUUCCUGAUCCCAUAGUUCCAUUUUGUCACCCAGAGCAGAAGAGGGGGAAAUCAUCCAGGACUCCCCACAACUCUAUGAAAGGAAACAUAAACAGAGCAAUGUCAAAAUUAGUGGAGUGUGUCCCCAAUUUUUCUGAAGGCAACAACAAAGAGGUGAUCGAUGAGAUUGCCAAGGCCAUCUCUCAGACCGAGGGCUGCAUGCUCCUGGAUGUGGAUGCAGGCCCUUCCACCAAUCGGACCGUUUACACCUUCGUAGGAAGUCCUGAAGAUAUAAUUGAAGGUGCACUGAAUGCGGCCAGAACAGCUUUUCAACAUAUCGACAUGGCAAAACAUAAAGGUGAACAUCCGCGGAUGGGAGCCCUGGAUGUUUGCCCCUUCAUCCCAGUGAGGAAUGUUACUAUGGAAGAAUGUGUCCAGUGCGCCAAUCUGUUUGGAAAGCGUUUAGCAGGGGAACUGCAUGUGCCAGUGUAUCUCUAUGGCAAAGCAGCUCUGAAGGAGAGCAGAAUAUCCUUGCCAGCCAUCCGAGCAGGAGAAUAUGAAGCCCUCCCUGAGAAACUAAAAAACCCAGAAUGGACUCCUGAUUUUGGCUCUGCAACCUUUGUUCCAAGAUGGGGAGCCACAGUAACAGGCGCACGGACAUUCCUCAUAGCCUACAACAUCAAUUUGCUGUGUACAAAGGAGCUGGCGCACCGGAUAGCGCUGAACAUUCGGGAGCAAGGCCGUGGAAAGGAGCAGCCUGGGCGAUUGAAGCAGGUGCAAGGCAUGGGCUGGUACUUGGACGAGGAGAAUAUUGCUCAGGUUUCUGCAAAUUUGCUAGACUUUGAGACCACUCCCCUUCACACCGUCUAUGAGGAGGUCUGCAAGGAUGCCCAGGAUCUGAAUCUGCCAGUGGUGGGAUCUCAGCUGGUGGGUCUGGUCCCCAAAAAGGCCAUGCUGGAUGCAGCAGAAUAUUAUAUUAACAAAGAAAAUCUAUUCAUCCUUGAGGAGGAGCAUAAAAUCAGACUGGUAAUCAACCGACUGGGGCUGGACUCCUUGUCUCCUUUCAAUCCCAAGGAGCGCAUCAUUGAGGAUAUGGUGCAGGAUGGCAAAGAGAGCGGCUGCCUGAUAUCCUUGCCUCUUCACACUUUUGUGCAGAAAGUUGGUGCCAGGUCAGCUGCUCCUGGAGGAGGAUCCGUAGCAGCAGCGAUGUCUUCUUUGGGGGCAGCACUGGGCUGCAUGGUGGGGCUGAUGACCUAUGGGAAGCGUCAGUUUGAGGAUCUGGACCCAGUCAUGAGGCGGUUGAUCCCUCCAUUCCAUCAGGCCAUGAAGGAGCUGCUAGUCCUGGUGGACACAGACUCUCUGGCUUUCAGCAGCUACAUGGCUGCUAUGAAGCUCCCUAAGAACACACCUGAGGAGAAAGAAAGGCGGACAGCAGCCAUGCAGCUGGGCCUGAAAAGUGCGGUUGGUGUUCCCUUUUCACUGGCAGAAAAAGUUCAUUCUUUGUGGCCCCUUUUAAAAGAAAUGGCCCAGCAAGGAAAUAUAGCCUGCAAAUCAGAUAUACAGGUGGCAGCUAAAGCUUUAGAAGCUGGUGUGUUUGGUGCCUAUUUCAAUGUUGUCACCAACCUGAAAGAUAUAACAGAUGAAGGCUUUAAGCAAGAGGUGCAAGGGAAACUUUCCCACUUUUUAGAGGAAGCCAAGAAAAGUACUGCGUUUGUGCUACAUCAUCUGGAGAAGCGGACAAUGUGAAUGAUUCUUCAUAUCAGGAACUGCUUAUCUAUGGACGUAUAAGAACCAAUUGUAGUAUUGCCAGGUUGUAUGUAGAUAGACAUGCAGAUAUUUUGCCGAGUGAAAUACCAGAGCAACAGCGCUUGUGAUUUCUGUUCUACAGCUGCAAAUGCAGAGUUCCAUGUGCCCCAAUUCUUGUCUUGCACAUUGCUUCCUUGGUGGCAGCAUGGGGCUUGUUGUUCUUGGUCACCCCCUUGAGCCAAGGUAGCCCCACCCACACCACCAGGAUAACAGGAGAAUGCAUUUCAAAUUGCUCUGUGUUCUAGUAAAUGCUUGUUAUACAAAAAAUGUCCAAUGUAUCAAUCAGAGUCCAACUUCAUUGCAUUGUGCUUGUAUCUGUGUGUUGUAUUGAUCAGUCUAACGAUUGGUUUUGCCUGGAUUUACUCACAAUAAUUUCCUUUCACAAUAAAGCUAUAAAGAACUGU